UUCCCAGAGGUGUUGUAUUUCACAUGCAGAUUUCCCCCCUGUCCGACCCACUUUGUAGGCUUUCAGCUAAAAGCUUUUUGCUACAGAGUGGCACAGACAAAAGAGUAAAGGGGGAGGGGUUUGGCUUGUAGAGGAGGGUCUUAGCGGGCUGUUGCCAGGGUAACUUGACAUCAUGGUGACGAACUUCCCUCUUUAAAAGCUUUUAAAGCCAUUCCUCCAGCCCUCCAGGUUCCAUUUUGAGGCCUCUUAACCAAGCAAUGGGGGAAGGGGAGCAGAGGCCUCUCUCUCACACACACAAGCACAUGCUUUAAGCAACUAGCUUAAAUCCUAUAUCUGAACGGAUUUAUACAUGAUUUGUUUUAUAAAAUGGCCUCUGAAGACUGUUUUAGUUACACUGUGCCCGGCUCAAGCGAGAAGCACAGGAGGGCUCGUAACUGGACGGAUUCGGAGAUGAAAGCCCUUGUGUACAUUUGGGAAGAGUAUGUGACAGAGCUCAAGAAGGCUAAACGCAAUGCAAAGAUCUACGAGACGAUGGCUAAGCAACUUUACGAAUUAACUGGAGAACAGCGACACAGAGAGGAAAUCAAGAUGAAGAUCACCAACAUGACUUUUCAAUUCAGGCAAGUGAAGCUGAAGUAUACUGCAAAUGGUGGUACACCUGAUUGGCCAUACUACAAAUCUAUUGAGCGGAUCUUGUCAAAGGUACCAGACCAUUCACAUAUGAGCCCACCAAACCUCCCGACGUCUGGCCCCUCAACCUCCCAACUUGAUUCUUCUGUGCACCAGUCAGCUCCACCAAGUGGGUUUCUACCCGAGUACACGGGUUCCUCGGACGAAAAAGACAUCAACAAGGAAGAUGAUGGUCUAACAGAAAACUCUGAAAGUUCUUUUGAGACCAGGUCACAGCCACGAAAGAGACGGAGACUGACGCACACUUCGCUGCGACGAAAGAAGCUGCAAGUCCUGGAUGCAAUGCUGAAGGAACAACGCAGGAUAAGCCAUGCAGUAGAGGACGCAUGUCACGAAGUUCGCCGUGUUAUGCAUCAGCAGAACUUCCUGCAGGUGCAGAGCCUUCAGCUUCAAGAACGAAUGAUGAAUCUUUUGGAAAAGAUGAUUCCUGCUGUUACACAGCCUACCCAAUCUUGCCCCAACCUACCAGCCUCAAAGGGUUUAGGAACACCCACACUUGAGUGAUAGAACUAAAGAUCACGGAUAAGGACUUUUUGUCUUUUGCAGAGGACGUGUUACUAUCCAAAUAUCAAAGCUUUCAUUCAUUAACUAGAUUAGUUUGACCCACAUUGAAAAUUUGGGUAACACUACAAUAAGGUUCUAUUCAUUUACAUUAAAGUAUUAAUUAACAUGAGAUAACAAUCUGCAAUAUUGUUUGUUUGUUUAUGUUUGGAAAUACUGUUUGAUUUGUCAAAAUGUAGUAGUGAAAUUAACCUCAAGUAAGAUUAAUAAAUAAAAAUAUGUUAUUGUUAAAGUAUUGUUCAUUGUUAGUUAAUGUUACCUAAUGUUGCUUACUUUGUUAACAAAUAGAAGCUUAUUGUAAAGUGUUACCAAAAUAGAUCUGACAAUAUAAGAAAUGUAUGCCCAUCCAUCCAUAUAUCAUGUGAUGUGAUUUAUAAACCAGAAGUUAGAAGGAUAUCUUUCAUGACAGCUGUAAAUUUACAUAAUGUUUUGUUUAUUAAGAACAAUUUGAUUGAUGCAAUGUAUUUGUUGUUGCCUAUGUAGUUGCCUAGUAUCUGAUCUGCAGUUUAAAAGACACAUGUAAUGUAAUAUCAAGUCAUCUUAAAAAAUUCAGAUCUUUUUGCCAUCAUAUUACCAAACUUAGUGAAUGUAAAACACCAGAAGGACAGUUCAACUGAAACAGGAUAAUACCAAGUGCUUUUGAUAAUGACACGGCACAGUUCCCAAAACUGGAUUAAACUGACAAGGAUUUGAAAUGUUACAGUUAAGUACACUUUCGUAACAUGUUAAUAAAUGUUACAAAAUGCAUGUUUUGGUAUUUGCUUAUAUUGCUAUAUUUUCCCAAAAGUGCCCGUAACCUGACUGGCACCCGAAUAUAACGUUUAAUGCGUCACAUGCUCUUUAAUUCUUCUUAAAUGAGGAGAUAAGAUACGUAAUCCUCCCUGCUGUGCGUGUGACUAUUUAUAGCAUCUUAGCAGUAAGUUAAUAUCAAUAAAUAAACGAUCAACAAA